AUCACUAUUAUCUGUUGACAAUGACUGAUAAUAGUUUUUUGAUUUGAAAAUUGUAUGAACGUUAAUUUGAUCAGGCUACUUUUCAUAAAAUUCUUUCUCAUAAAGUAUUAAAGUACCUAGUCAUUAGAUACGUUAAUUUAAUAUAUAUUUCGGUUUAAUUUGUUCAACACUAACUGCGUCACUGCGUGCGUUAUUGAAAUACCAGAAAUGGAAGAACCACUACUACCAGACGAAGAACUAGAGUUGUAAGAAAUGUUAAUAAAAUAAUAAUAUUUACCUAUUUAUUCAUUUGUUUUUAUUUAGUCAAAAAAUUCAAGGGUUGGAUUUAAUAUUAAAAUCGGUAAAUUGUGAACAAUAUAAAUCCAAAUUUGAAGAUAAUGAAAUUAAUGAACAGGCAAUGCUCCUGUUAACAGAAAGUGAUCUUAAAUACUUAGAAAUUAAAGACAAAGACUGUACUUCGAUAUUAAAUGCAAUAAAUAUACUCAGAAAAACAAUAAAUUCAACUGAAAUAAAAUUAUCGUAAGUUAAUCAUUUUAUAUGUAUAAGUUAUAUAUUUUAACUUUUUAUAUAAUUGUUCAACCCCUGUAAUUGUUAGGUAUUAAAAAUAUAUCUAUGUAGAUAUUUAACAUUUUAUUAUUUAUUUUAAGAAAUGAAGAUAUAUCAAAUAUACAAUCAAAUAUUUGUGGACAACUUGGAAAUAUUGCUUUGAUAUUAAAUCAUAUUUACUGUUCAAUUAAUAAUGAUAAAAAUAAAUUUGAUGAUAUACUGAUUGAUGACUAUCUAUCAUCAAUUGAUGCUGCAUUAAUGUUGAAACCUUAUAUGGAAGCUGAAGAAAAAAAUAUUGAGAAAUCAUUAAAACGUAUUUAUAAGGUACUAUUAUAUUAUUAUGUACUAAAUGUUUUUAAGUUAUUAUUCAAUAUGAUAGAUACCUACUGCUUUAUACAUUUUGCACAUAUUAACUAUCAGAUUUUAAACUCAUACAAAUUUUAAAAUAAAUACAUGUACCUGGUUAAAAAUAAUACCUUUGUAAUCUUGCAGUAUAACGGCCAAAUAAAUUUUUAGUUUAAACAAGGUGUACACAAAUAAAAAUUGUAACUCUUAAUUAUAUUAAAAAGACAAUAAUAUUCAAAAAAUAUAUAAUGGUACCUACAGUAGAAAACGUUUAUAAUAACAUUCAAGAGACUAGUUGAAAUUAAUCAUAAUAACUAAUUGUCAUUAUAACCAAAAUGAUAAAAUACCAUCUAAUAAUUAUCAAUAAAAUUAAUAACAAGUUGUUUCAAUAUGUAGAUAAAACGUUAAUUUUGUAUCAAAAACUAUACUUAACUGCAUUAAUGAGCUUUGACCAACUAAUAUAGUCAAACACAAACUGAAGACGAUACCUAAAGAAUGACAUAGUAGUGCAUUUUGAAAUAUUGAGAUGAAGAUUAAACGAUGGGAAAAAACUGGAUCAACAAAACACGGCUUAUUAUUAUAAACAGAAUUGAAGUGGUUUGAAAAAAAAAUUUGCAGAAUUAGCCAUGUUUUCAUUAGAUUGGUUAUUAAAACGAACUAUUUUAGGAAUUUUUGUUUUUUUAGUUGAAAAGUAAUAAACUAUUAAAACUAAACACUACAAUUUUAAAAAUCAUAAAUUAAAGAAAAACAGUAUCAUUAAAUUAAUAGUAGUAUUAUGUUUUAUUAAUUAAAAAUAAAUAAAUAUAUCUUAUCUCUACUAAAAAAAUUUGAAAACCUGUCCGGAACUUCAAACAACGCCCCUCAUUACUCCCUUUAGUUAGUUAUCUAGAUACAUUUUCCUCAAAUGAGUCUGAAUCUGCUGCUUUUUUUCUCUCCAACCACUUUUUUCGUUUUCAAAUCCCAACCAACAGUACCUCUCUUUAUUGAUGUAUAUUCUAGUCUCCCCUAUAAUAUCUCAUUCUCCCCGGAUGACGUUUUUAAAGCCACUUACCUCUCUUUGUAAUGUUAAUUUUCUUAGUCUAGAUCUAAUUUUUGCAUGCUUACUUUAUAACUGUCACUCCGCCCUCUUUUUUUCCAUAUAUACUCUCUUUAGAUACUCAGUGGAUAAAGGUGUUUUUACUUCAGCUUGGAAGACUUGUUCCGUAACUCCAAUUUUUAAAUUUGGUGAUCCUUCUGCUGUUGUUAACUACCGUCCAAUAUCCAUUCUACUUCAUCUGGGGAAAAUCUUUGAAUUUAUCGUUUACAAUUGUAUUAAACGUAGCCUGAAUCAUAUAAUUAUCCCACAACAGCAUGGUUUCCGGCCAAGGAAAUCCACUACUACUUGUAGUCUCUCAUUUAAUUUGUUUAUCUCUGACUGCAUUGAAAAUUGCUCUCAAGUUGAUGUCAUUUUGGCUGAUUUUUCCAAAGCCUUCUAUUCUGUAGACCACAACCUACUCUCUAAUGAACUUAUGAAUUUAGGAAUUGGUAAUCCACUUUUGGCUUAGCUAAUUUUUUAUUUCUUGGACAGAAAACAAUUUGUUAAAAUUAAUAAUACUCAUUCUGAUAUAGUGGAAGUUCCAUCUGGGGUUCCACAAGGUGGGCAUCUUAGUCUCCUCUUAUUCUACAUAUUUGUAAACUUUGUCUCUGCUAAUUGAAAACAGGUAAAAUUCUUACUGUAUGCAGAUGAAUGAUUUUUAUUCCACAAAAUUGACUCUCGUUGAUUACCAAAAUUUACAAGAUGAACUUGAUUCCUUUUGUCAUUGGGUCACUAACAAAGGCUUAACUCUCAACUUGAGUAAGUGUAAAGUAGUUAUUUUCUCCCGAUCCCAUUCACCUCUAAUUCACUCUUAUUUUUAUUAUUCUUCAACUCUUUCCUUUGAACACCAUAUUAAUAUUACUGUUAGUAGAGCAUUAAAAAUACUUGGUUUCAUUAAACAUAACACAAAACUAUUCAAAUCGACACAAUAUCUCUGCAUUUUUUAUUUUUCACUUUUUAGGCCUCUUCUUGAGUAUGGUGUUAUUAUAUGGCACCCAUUUCUGCAAGUAAUCAAUUAGUAUCAAAUGCACUAAUUCAUCGUUUAAUGAGUGUAUCUAAUAUAUACAAUAUUGAUCCUUUUGUUAAAAAUUUUGUGAAUUUAGCUCUUAACUGUGAAUAAUAAGAUAAACAAUUUUUAUUUUAAUUAGACAAUGUGUCCAUAUGAAUUAUAUGAAUAAAUAAAUUAUAAAUUAAAUUUAUAUUUAUUUAUCAUAUUUAUUCACUAGAAACUAAUUAACCAUAUAAACCAACUAUCCCUAUCCUAAUUUAUGGUCUACUACUCCCCCCCUCAAUUCCAGGUAUAAAAAGUAUCAUAUAAUAUGAUAAUGAUAAGGAAUUGUACAAUAAAAGUUUUGUCAAAACCUUCAAUAGGCACAUUUUUGUACCAUACAUACAUACAAUUUCAUCUCUUUAGCCUCAUUUGGGAGCUCUGUAGGUGUGUACAAAGUUAAAAAUAUACUAUCCUACUGCAACAACAUAGGCAAGUUUAUAUUGAAAUUAAACUAAAAUUUGAUCACUUGAAUCUGCCUGUAUAAAAAAAAAACUCUUAAUUCUCAAGUUUGAACUCAUUUGGUCCCGAGGAAGCUACUAGAAGUAUUCAAAUGUCUCAGAGAAAUAUAUAUAUCUAUAACAACACAUACUAUUUUAGAGUUAAGAAUUUUUCAAUUUUGAAAUAUGCAGUUUGAAAAUAAUGAUACAUUGAAAAUUUAAUUUAGCAAAUUAAAAACUAAAUUAUCUACCAAAUAGUGUUGUAAAAUAUAAACAUUUGGAACAAAAUUUAUAUACUACCUACAAUGACCAAAAAUAUUAUAUUUUAAUAUGUCUGUAUCAAUAUAACUUUUUAAUAUAUUCAUACAUUUUUACAUUUCAGAUUAAAAAUAGAAGAUCCAUAUUGAUUACUACAACAGCGUGUACUUUAUUACUUUUGGGUGUAGGUCUUACAAUUCGAUAUUUAAACAAACCAUGAGACUCUAUUUAUUUAUUUUCUAAUUGGAUCUCAAAACAUGAUUUGAACACUAUGUUAAAUAAAUAGAAUAGAAUAUUAACAAUAUUGUAUAUUUAUCAAUGAACAUGUAAUUUGAUUGUGUUAACUAAAUAUUUUAAUAAUAAAUUACAUUCCAAACUAUAAAAUUAAGCUAUUUAAUUUUUAAGUACAAUUUAAAAAUAUCAACAUAUUAAUUAACAUUUUUUUAUAUAUAUAUGUAU